AUGGAGAGAGAGUUGUUAUGUUUGUGUGAAUCCACCAAGAAAGCAGCCCUUGCUGCAGCCAUGGACAGUGUCUCCUUUACAGGGCCAGAGGUGUCACGUUGCAUAGACUUACUGAAGCGGCUCAAGGAUUAUCCAGUGACCGGCGAGGUUCUUGUUUCAACUGCGGUUGAUAAGCAGCUCCGACAUCUCAGACAGCAUAAAAAAGAGAAGAUUCGAUCAAUGGCUAAGUGGUUGUUGGAGAUAUGGAGCAAGAAGAUCAAGGAGUAUUCAUCAAGAAACGGAGGUGAAAAUUUAUAUAUUGAUUCUUCAAAGAAAACCCAACGAGUUGAAUCGACUAAAUCAACAAUCCACCAUCAGUACUCUUCAAGAAAUAAUGUAAAAGAUGCAAAGUGUGAGACUGGUUUUAAAAAACUUGAAAAGACUGGUUUUAAGAUGCAGACGAGUUCUAGAAAAUUUGAAGAGACUGAGAAAAGAACUUGUGAGGGUGAGAUUGGUUCCAGAAAAGUUGAAGAGGCAGAGAAAAAACCUUUGAAGUUUAUCUUGAAGAUCAAGAUCAAACCAUCAAAGGAACCUUGCAAAUAUUGUGAAGAAGAGCAGAAGGCAUCAAUCAAGUGUAACAAUGCUUCACGUGACAAGGUUCGUGAAAUUCUUCUAGAGGCGUUACGGAAAGUUGCUGGUGAAGUUGAUGAAGAGACUAAAAAGCGGGUAAAGGCUUGUGACCCUGUUGGUGUUGCGGUGUCAACCGAAACUGAGAUGUUUAAGAAGAUGGGGCUGUACAACGGGGCUAACAAACUCAAAUACAGAUCAAUUAUGUUCAAUAUAAAGGAUCCAAAUAAUCCAGACUUGAGAAGGAAGAUUCUUUUGGGGGAGGUGAAGCCUGAGAGACUUAUCAAUAUGAGUGUAGAAGAGAUGGCAAGUGAUAAAAGGCAGUGUGAGAUUAGGAAGAUAAAGAGAAAGCAGCUUUGA